UCGUCGCAAGACUUGCCCAUCGAUCUGAUGCAACAGCCGCUGUUCCAUCUCGGCCAGACACCGCCGCCACAAACAGCUGAACUCUUGGAUCCUCUCGACCCAUCCUCGUGUUUGAAUUUGAUGCAUCCCACAUCGACGACCACUUCGUCUGCCUCAACCUCGCCGAUGUUUGACAAGCAACAGCAACACAGCAGCAACCGCAACAUCCUUUGGACUAUACGACUCAACAACCACCACAGCAACAGGAUUCUUCCUCCAUGUUUUUGCCACCAACGCCACCUGUGGAAUCACCCGCACAAGCAAUGCAAACCGGUCAACUGCCAUCGUGGUUUGGUUUCCAGUUGAACACAUCUUCUGCUGCUGCCAUGGCUGCUGCUGCCGCCGCCGCUGCAUCUGGUGGCAUGCCUCCCGAACCCUCGCCUCCACCUUCCUCUAGCCUGGAUUUUGGCAUGCCAACCAUGUGUUAUCCGCCGCAGCAAAUGCAGCAACAACAAAUGCUAUCACUACAACAGCAACAACAGCAACAGCAGCAGCAGACGCCUCAGCCGCAACAACAACCCAACACACACGCUGGUGGUCCUGCCAAAUCGGGCCGUGGCCGUCGACGUUCAUCGCCUUCGACUCGACCCUAUCGUCGGCGAAACUCGUCUCACCCAUCGGUGGCAUCGGUGGUUUCACUUUCAGCGCAUGAGCCAGUGGCCCACUUUAUCGAAGGUGUCGAGCACAUUACAUUUCUGUAUUCGCACGAUCGUCUGGUCAAAGAAUAUACCGUGCGAACAGAUGUCGAUAACUGUGCGCUGGAUGACAUUCCUAUGGAGUUCCGAGUAUUGAAUGCGAUCUAUCCUCGAGCCAACGUUGACAAGGACGAUUACGAUGGCAAUCGAUGGGAAUACGAAACCAGUUGUAACCAGCUUGGCUGGAAACUCUGCUGGUUGAAUCAAGAUCAACUCUGUGGCCGCCGUGGAUUGAUCCAGCGUGCCGUUGACUCGUAUCGAAAUCGCCAUGUGAACAUGCGCUCGCGACGGGUGACGCGACAGGAAAAAGUCGCUAAUGGAACCUUGCGCAGACGUCGUGCCAAGAGAAGUUAGAUUUACUUCUGUGUAAGAUCAUUGCUACUUAUUACUAUUACCAACAACA